AUGAACCGAGAGCUCCCGCCGCAGGCUUCGGUCGUUGACGUCGGAUGGGGCCGACUGUUGUUCGCUCACACCUUCCCUGAUGCCCCCUCGCUGGCCCGCGCCGUGCUAGGCGAGAAACGCGAUAAACGCGACAUUGCGUUUUAUGUCAUCGAUCCCCAAUUGAUUCUGAACGAGGCCCCUCAAGAGCUGUUUCUCGACCCCUCGACCACCUACCGGCUCGAUUUGAAAGCCUGGGAACUUAAACCAAUCGACGAUUUGCCUUUCGAGGUCGGUACUAUCGAGCGCGAAAGUGACAUCGAAGAGAUCAAUCGGAUCUACCUCUCGCAGAAUAUGGUUCCACUCGAUCCGGAGGUGAUCUGGCGCGACCUAGAGAACGAACGUUACGACUACUUUGUCGUUCGACCGCCCGAUUCAGACCGCAUUCUCGGCGUUGCCCUGGCCGUCGAUCACACUCGCUGCUUCGACGACCUGAUGAACUCCAGCAGCCUUUGGGCAUUAGCGGUCGAUCCCCAGAUCGAAUACCCGGCCGUCGGCGUCACUCUGGUGAACCAUAUCGCCAACACCAUGAAGUCACGCGGGCGCGAACUCUUAGACCUGUCGGUUCUCCAAGACAACGAGGCCGCCAUCGGGCUAUACGAGCAACUCGGUUUCGAACGCGUGCCUGUGUUUGCCAUCAAGUGUCGCAACCAGAUUAACGAAGCCCUUUUUGUGCCGCAGCAUCCCCAGGAAGGCUACAACCCCUACGCGACGAUCAUCAUCAACGAAGCCCUUCGCCGCAGCAUCAUGGUGGAACCGCUCGACCUCGAGCGAGGUUAUUUUCGCCUGACCCUUGGCAACCGUCGGGUUACCUGUCGGGAGUCGCUCUCCGAUCUCACCUCGGCAAUCGCCAUGUGCCGCUGCGCCGAUAAGCAACUAACCCGCGAACUGCUUGCUCAGGCGGGCCUUUCAGUCCCUGAUCAAAUCGUGGCCGUCGAUGCUGAGAUGGUGAAUAAGUUUCUCGAACAGCAUCGUUCCGUCGUUGUGAAGCCAGCCGACGGUGAACAAGGGCAAGGUGUGGCCGUCGAUUUGCAAACACUCGAAGAAGUCGAACGGGCCAUUGCAGCCGCAGAGAAAUUCGACGAGACGGUGCUUCUUGAAGCGUAUGUGGAAGGGCUCGACCUGCGGGUGAUCGUCAUCAACUUCGAAGUGGUCGCCGCCGCGGUGCGCAAACCACCGGUCAUCGUGGGUGAUGGUCGUUCUUCGGCCAAAAAGCUAAUCGAACGCGUCAGCCGACGCCGCAGUGCUGCCACGGGGGGCGAAAGCAACAUCCCGCUCGACGAAGAAACCGAGCGCUGCGUCAGAUCCGCCGGGUACGACAUGAAGGACAUUAUUCCCGAGGGCGAGUCGAUUACGGUCCGCAGAACCGCCAAUCUGCAUACAGGAGGAACCAUCCACGACGUCACCGCCGAGUUAGGUGCUACGAUUCAAGAGGCGGCAGUCGAAGCGGCGAAAGCCCUGGAAAUCCCGGUCGUGGGACUCGACUUCCUCACGCCCGAUGUGGCGAGAGGGCUGGACUACGUGAAGUACGAGAUCCCGGUCGACGCCGACUAUCUUUUGGAAAAGCUGCAAGGCUUGCUGAGUAUUCACAGCCCUUCCGGCUACACCGAUCCGAUCGUCCGCAACGUCUGCAUCGAACUCGAGAACCUCGGCAUCGACUACGAGUUGACCCGCCGUGGAGCAAUUCGCGGUACGCUCCCCGGGGCUAGCAGCAGCCCCGACCGGGCCGUGGUCGCGCAUGUCGAUACGCUCGGCGCUAUGGUCAAGGCGCUCAAAGAUAACGGCCGGCUCGCAGUAGUUCCGGUGGGUACCUGGUCGGCACGCUUCGCCGAAGGGGCACGUGUCUCGGUAUUCACCGACGAUGAAAUCUACCGUGGGCAGGUCCUCCCGCUUAAAGCCUCCGGACAUACGUUCAAUGUCGAAGUUGACGAACAACCCGUGGGCUGGGACAACGUCGAAGUACGCGUCGACGAGCAUGUGAAUAACAAAGAGGAUCUCACUAAGCUUGGGAUCAAUGUUGGCGACUUCAUCGGUUUCGAUGCCAACGUGGAGAUGUUUCCUAACGGCUUCAUCAACGCUCGGCAUCUCGACGAUAAGGCCGGUGUGGCUUCGAUGUUGGCGGCCACCAAAUGCCUGCUCGACAACAAGCUCGAACUCCCAGUCGACUUACAUCUUCUCUUCACCAUUAGCGAAGAAGUCGGCUCCGGGGCCUCUGCCAUUCUGCACGGUGAUGUGGCCGAGAUGAUCUCCAUCGACAACGGCACCACCGCUCCUGGUCAGGCAUCCAGCGAGUUUGGCGUCACAAUCGGCAUGGCCGACUCCACUGGCCCGUUCGACUAUCACUUGACCCACCAUUUGAUUCACCUCUGCCAGUCGAACCAAAUCGAGUACACCCGCGACGUCUUCCGUUACUAUCGCUGCGACAGUGCUUCGGCCCUAGAUGCCGGCAACGACAUUCGCACGGGGUUAAUCGCGUUUGGUGUCGAUGGAUCGCACGGAUACGAACGCACCAACCUCGACUCUUUGAUCGCGGUUGCCAAACUAAUCGUGGCCUACGCCAUGCACCGCCCGCUGUAUGCCGACCAAACCGAAAUGAUGACCUCGCUCGAUGCCUUCCCCGAAACACGUCAGACCGACGUCGAUGGCGUCAAACUCGUGGGCCCCGACCCGAUCUCCCAAGUAACCCCCUACCCCGAAGACGACGCUGCCCAAAACGGCGACGAGCUGGAGAGCACUCCAACGGCAACAUCCAAGGUUGCGGGCAAACAAUCCGACCGAAAGGAUACUAAGCCAGGCAAUGGGGAGAAGGCCGCGAGUGAUCAGAAAGUUGCUCAGCCGCCCACCGGAAGUGCGAAGGACUCCUAA